AUGUCUGAUACCACAAAGUUCAGAUACGUUGCCACACAAUUGUCCGGCGAAGCUCUGCGUAGCGUGUCCGAUCUCGUCAUAAAUCCACCCGCUCAAAAUAAAUAUGAAAGCAUCAAGCGGCGCGUUAUGUCCGCCUAUGAUGAAGGAAAUGAAGCACGCCUCCGACGCCUACUCCGUGGCCACGAGAUGCGUGAUGAGAAACCGACGGCUUAUCUACAUCGUUUACGAGCUCUCGCAGGAGACCAGUGUGGAGACGCCAUCAUCCGCUCUCUACUCUUUGAGCAGUUACCAGAAGCCGCUCGAACAAUACUUGCAAUCUCCGACACAUCAAAUCUCCAGCGGUUAGCAGAGAUGGCUGAUAAGGCACUAGACGCGAUGAGACGAAUGGUAACAGCAACCCACAUCGUGCCUGCAAAGAGUUUAAACACACAGACUAUCUCAGGUACGCUGUCUGCAUUAGAAGAGUCACUUAACGCACUCACAUUACAGGUCUCAAAAAUGCAGAAACAACUAGAUCGCAACAAACGAUUCCGUCGCUCCCGUAGCAAAGGAAGAGGAAACCAACCUAGAGCAUUGACACCUGCAAAUACGCACUCAAAUAAGCCUGAGUUCUGUUACUAUCAUAAUAGAUUUGGUGCCAACGCAAGGAAGUGCCAGAAUCCCUGUACGUGGACUCAAGGAGCUAAGCCGCAGAAAAACUAA